AUGAGCUACUCUGGUCCUGUAGGGACCAUAUACAGUUACUCGAUGUGCUGCCCUGGCGAGCUGGCUGAGAACCAGCUGAUAGGACAGAGCCUCCACGAGGAUAUAUACGUCCUAGAUCAGAUCUGCACUCCGUUGCUAAGCAAGCCAGUAAUCAAAAAGCCACAGAUGCUGACCUUCGUAAACGCCGUUGCCGACAAAGUGAACCCGAAAGAAGAAUUUCCAGCGGUGUUCAAAGGACCCGGCAAGCUGCUCACAGAACGCAGGAUUCAGCUUCAACCAGGAGCAAAAGCUUUCGCACUCAGCUCCCCGAGGUGCAUCCCAAUUUCAUUGUACGAGAAGACAAAGUUGGAACUUCAAAGGAUGCAGAAACUCGGUGUCGUAUCACCUGUUGAUGAGCCGACCAAGUGGUGUGCACCAAUGGUAGUCGUUCCAAAGUCCUCCGGAGACGUGAGAAUAUGCAUCGACUUUACAGAGCUGAACCACCACGUUCUCAGAGAAUGGCAUUCUAUUCCUUCCGUGGAGAACACUCUCGGACUUCUUCAUGGAGCUAAGGUGUUCUCCAAACUCGAUGCCGACUCUGGAUUUUGGCAAAUUCCACUUUGUGAAGAAUCAAGGAAACUCACUACCUUUAUCUCUCCGUUUGGGCGCUUCUACUUCAACUGA